UUAUUUUUUUGAGAAGGAGGAAAGCCCCCACUACACCACUACACAUGAUGCCUAAUAUCCUUUUGCACCAGGGAAUAACUCUUACAUCCUGAGAUACUUAUAGGCUGCACCUCGGUUAUUAGUUAGUUAAGGAUACUCUUGCCCCACAGAAGCUGAUGUUAAUGAUUUGCAAAGUGAGGCUGCUGCAAUCUUGUUUUAGGCAAAGGCCUUAAAUCUUAGGUUUUAAUGCUAUCGGUCAUGUUUCAUUUUUUUGCUGUCUCAAUUAUAAUUGUUCAAGAUUAAACCUUAAUGAUAUUAUUUUAAGGUAUAUAACAAAGAUUCUGGUUUAAUUACCGGCUGUUAAGCUGAUGAGUCAUGUUUAGGGUAAAAAGUGUUGUUAAGGCUCUAAUUGCUUCGAUCUAGUGGUAAUAAGUCAAGUUGGGAACUUAUGUUUUCUGUCAGUGUUUUAUUCGAUCAUGAUUAAAUCACGUUAAUGUUCAAGUAGCACUAAUUGGGCUUGGGCACAAAUUAGGAGGAGGGGAAUUUUGGAAUUAUAUCCUCCCUCAAAUCCACAGAGCAAAUCGGCACAACAAUAAGAUCUAAGCAUGGGAUCGGGAUAGGACUCUAUGGCUCUCGCGAACCCGCCUGCGCCGGCGGCGGCGCCGCCUUGAUCUCCCGUCUCCGGCCUCCCCUGCACCUGCCCGACCCAGAUCCGGCAUCCUCUCCACGCCCUCUCGCAGCUCACGUGUUUCUCCUCGCGGGUGGCGCCAUGGCUGCUCAUCCUCGACCUCGGCCCGCAUCUGCAUCGGCCGCGACGGCGGCGGCCACUCCUGCCGUGCCGAGCGCCGGCUCACCGCCGCCCACUGCUCCAGCUCCCGCGGCUGCCCUCGCCUCCCGCCGCACCGACCCACGACCUCGGCCCGCAUCCGCGUCGGUCGCGACGGCGGCGACCACUCCUGCCGGGCCGAGCGCCGGCUCCCCGCCGCCCACCGCUCCAGCUCCCGCGUCCGCUCUCGCCGUGGCCGCCCUCGCCUCCCGCCGCUCCGACCCAGCUGUCCAAGGGCGAAGGGUGGCACAUACGCUCCUCGAGAAGGAGGCGAUGACAUCGACUUCGACAGAGACCUCCGCUCCUGCUACAGCUGGUGCGGCCUCCGUCCUUCCACCGUCGUCUCCGGUAGCACUCGUCACCGACUCGUCCCCGACAGCGCCCGUCUCCAUCUGGAGCUCGACUCACCUCUGCUCCAGUGCGCACCAUGUCCUUCAGAUAUGGCAACCGUGGCCUUAGACAUGGGGCGGCCUGUGUCUUGGGCUCCCCUCGCUGACGAGGAUGUCGAGGAUGAGGAAGAGGAGUUGGCCCCGUUGACACCACCGGCUGCCAAAAGCUCUGUCCCGGCAGCUCCGACGACUGAGCCCUGUGUGAUGCACGAGACGGAGGCGAGUGAAGGAUGGCAAGAGGUGCUGCCUCGGCGCGGUCGGUGCUGUCCAGCCUCACCAACUCCUGCAUUGCCCACUCGUCCCAUUCCGGCUUGGCUUUUGGUAGGUGUUGCAGAUGUCUUGUUCCUGGGCAUCGUGCGGCUGUUUGCAGAGAUCCCUUGAGGUGCUCCCGCUGUUUGGAGAACGGCCAUUGGGCGCGUGGGUGUCGCAAUGCUUGGCGUCCAUUCAGCUCACUUGCAUGCCUUGCCAUGGUCUCGCGUCAGCAGCGAGCAUUGCGGAGCUCUAGCUACUUGUGAGGGUCCGAUGGAAUCCCAGCUCCCCUCCAAGGUGCUUCACCGCAGGUCCUGGGCAUCGGUCAUUUCCGCUCACGUUGAGUCAGCUACCCCAUCCGAUGUGCUGCUCCGGUCCACUAUACCAGCGCAGGCGGAGCUCCUGGUGCGCGUUGGGAGCUUUCUGGAGCGAGCAGAGGCUGCUCUGGGAAAGCUCUCUCUUGUCCCGGCUAUGUUGCAAUCCGCUCCUACGCCACGUCCUCCUAGUGAGGUCGAUGUUGGUGGCUCAGUGGAGAACAGUGUUGUGGAGCUUUAUGGUUGUUUCUCCCCUAGAGCUGUGAACAACUCGUCACCUUCGUCUGCCUUGCCCACUGUGUUGUCUACCGCUGAGGGCGGGACCAUUGCCAUGGUUGUGCCUUCGGUGCUGCAGGUGAUGCCCGAGCUUCAAGUGGUAUGUGCGAGCUCUGAUUUGCCUGUAUCAAUGGAGCAAACGAUGGUGGACACGCAAGCAACCACGAGUGAGGGACAUGAUUCAACCGUGACAUGUGAGCAGAGUGAGGUGAACUCGCCUGGGAGCUCACAUGUGAUUUUGGAACCUGUUCCACCCCCACCGACGGAUAAUUCGAAUGCUCUCUUUGCAAAAGAGCUUUGUCACUUGCUCGCUAGUGUGGUAGCUAUUAGUCCUGGAACUGGAAGGGCGAUUGCCUGCCUCCUGACGGGAUCGACAUUCAAGGGCAAAUGCAAGAAGGCGAGUGAUUGCCCUCGGACCGGCUUAGUGCAGGAGAAGUCACUAAGGUGCAAAAGCAAGAAAAGUGGCGUCAUAGGUAAGGCGCCCGCAGCUGCUUAGUGGAUGAUUCUCGGUCCCUCGGCUCAUCCUCACGAUCGGCUCGUCCUCACGGGUUGGGUCGUCAUUGUGGUUUUGGUGUGGUCCACUAUCUUUUGUUGGGAUGUUCUUGUCGAGUUCGAUUGUGGUGUACAAGCGUCAGGAGUUACGUUUGUAGUAUGUUGGGAGGGUUUGGCGGGUUGCAGGUGUACUCAUGGGGUCUCAUAAUUGGUGAGUAAUCCAAUUAUGAUAUGAUUGUAUUGGUUUUAGCCUGGUUUUCCGUAAUUUAACUGGACAAUUCUCUUCUUAA